CGUAGCCUGACCUGAACGUUAGAAAUACUUUUGUGAUUAAUUGAAGGGAAACAUUCAUCUUUACAUAAAAAAAUUAAAAAUAUCAAUUUUUUAUAGUAGAAGCGAAUAUUAAAAAAAAGCAGAGCUGCAUUGUGACAUUAAAUGAAGACUUCUGCACAAGUGCAGUUGAUCCUUUGUGAAAAGGAAAGACAAACAAUUUUCCCACGUGUGGCGUAAACAAAGUGGAAAUUUAAGGAAGAACAUUCAAAGAAAAAAGGAAAACAGAUAAUGUGCUUUUAACGCAUGCGCAGUAAUAACGCGCGGCUUUCGCUCUUAUAUCAAUAUUACGUACAAAUCAGGCGCGAUAUUGGUCGAAUACUAAUCACAUAUUUUCCUUAUCAAACGGUCAACAGUAUUCAGUUUUCAUCUGUAUUUUCAACUUCUAACCUUGUUUUCGUUACUUCGUGAACGAGAAUUUGAAUGAAGUAUAAAGUUUUUGUCUUGAUAUUUUACGAGUUUACUGAAUCAGUGAAGACACAUAAUUAUCUUUCCCUAAAAGAAAAACGCAUAAUACAGUACAAUAGAUAUGUUUGUUUGAGAAGACAAUUAUAUGAGUGCUUGAGACUUGAACAAUAUAUAUACUACACGGUGCUUUAUAUGUGCUAAUAAGAUUAUGAACAUUACAAUUUUCUGUUCUUUGUAAAAGAAUUAAGAUUCGUUUUAUUUAAAUAAAUGAAAAAACAUAACCUCUUUAAAACAGUUUAUUUAUUAACAAAUUUCGACAAAUUGAAGCAUAUGGCAAGCAAGAUGCAACAUUAGCUUUGAUAAAGCAUAAUGUCCAGAAUGCAUGGCGUCAAGAGAGUACUGGUUUUCUGCACAGUGAUAAGUAUAGUGCCAAGUGCUCUUAUAAUAAUUCCACUGUAUCUACGGCACAUUUUUUAUGCAGAUGUUGCAUAUGCUGUAACAGAAUCUGAUAUUAUGGAAAUUAACGAUGGAAUUUCAACAAUAUUUUGUUCGGGACAUACUCUACGGAUGAAUGGUACUUUUAAUGCUUUCCAAAUGGCUCGUCGCCCAGAAGUAACAUCAUAUCGAAAGCACAUAAGGCUAAAGAAGAGUAUGAAUUUACCAGAUGAUACCUUAGAGUAUUGGGGAUUUUAUUUAUUAAAAAAUGCGACUGUAUCGCUCUCCGUGUGUUCAAGAUUUCAGGGAGCAUCUAUAUUAGUGGUAAAAGGAGAAAAGAAUUUACAUACCUGUGGGCUGUUGGAGCACAAUGAGAAUAAGGAACAGACAUCAGAUAUGUUCGUACCAGGUGCAAACAGGCAGGUUAAGAUAAUAUAUGAAUCAGAUGCACAAGAAAUAGAUUCCAAUGAGAUAACUACAGUCAGGCCUGUUAACAAACCAUCCGUAAGUAUCAGCUCUGAAAAUCCUUGGGAAAAUCAUUCCACGGUGCCUGUGAACAGAAACGAUAACGAGAAAGCGUAUACUCCGACUGAUGAGAAAUAUGUAGAAGACUUAGAAAUGUUUUAUCAGACUGCAGCGUCUUACAUCCAGAAGCACACACAUGACCAGCAAGAAGUCAUGAAUGACGGCAAAAGGUUGAGACACAUGAAGCACCGUAAAACGAAAAAGAGGAAAACCGAGCAAACGAGAAAUGAUGAUGAUCAAGCGGAGGAAAUAAAUGAAGUUCAGGUUGAUGAGAGGAAAACGCGUGUAGAAAAAUUAAAACGAAAAUUAGGUUCAUAUCCGGUCGACGAAAGGGACGUGCUCGAAUGGGGAGGAAAGUUCUCGGAGAAGAUUGCUGAUCAGAUCCCAGCGAGAAGAAGAGCCAAGAGAAAUUGGGGACUCGUAAAGCCGCCGUCCUUACUGGAUCAGGGAAUCAAGCACGGUGGGAAUGCCGAUAAAAAUUUCACGUCGAAUUCUGACGAGGAAUCGUCAGUCUCCAGUUUCGAGAGCGAUUUAUUCAGUUGCUACGACGGAGCUAUACUUCUAGCUCAUGAAUUCGAGCCUUCCGAUCAGUGCACGAAUAUUUCCUAUUUGCUCAGCGGUAAGCGCACACAGGCGAACCAUCACGUGGUGGAGAAUGGUUAUUACUAUUACAUCUUCUACAGCGACAACGACAUUGUGUCCAAUGAUAUUUACGCGCUCUUUGACAUAUAUAAGCCGUCCUUCCAGUACGAGAACGUGACCAAGUCGUGUAUCAAUCAAACGGAAUGUACAUUUUCCUUGGCUCCCUUCUCGGCGGAUAGGGUAAUUGUCGAAAUACCAACUAGAGAUGGUAUAGAACAUGAUGAAACUGAUGAUGUUAAUGUACUGAUUUCUGUCUGCCAGCCGCGGAUGGGUAUAUACAUAAUCUUUCCAAUGGCGACAUUAGUAGUAAUACUCACUUGUGCCUUUCUGUAAAUAUUAUAUAUAGACGAGUCUCUGUUCUUCCUCUGAUCUCAAGAUGCAGAGAUAAGUGAGCAAACCCGAACCAGUGAAAACAAAAAUAUUAUUUUAAUUUAAAAGCCAUAGGAGUUGAAAAAUAAUAUUUUUUAUCAUAACGUAACAAUGCUUAGCAGUAAUUACAGUUAAAUACACAAAUGAUUGUAUAUAAGUAGAAUAUUUAUAUAAAUACGUAAUGUACAUGGCGCGUUCCAAGAUCGGCCCUAUCAUUUUCUAUAGAUUUAUAUGAAGUUCAAAUGAAAUUGACUAAUGGCAUAUUUUUUAUGCAGAAGAAUACUACAGUUUUCAACUUAAUGAUUGAAGAUAAGGCCUUUUAGCUUUAUGGGAGAGAGAGAAAGGGAGAGGGAGAACAGAUGUAAUCACAUCACAUUCAUUUAAUUUCAAGCUGUUUAUAUUUUAACAUAAUCUUAAUUUAAAACAUAGUUAUAGAAAAAGUACACAGUAUUAAAAGUUGGAAACCCGCUACGAAUGAUGACUGUUCUAUACAUUCUACUCAUACUUUUUAAAAACUGAGAUUUAUUACUGGUUUUAAAAAAUACUAUUUAAAGCAACAGUUUUUAAACGUUGAAAAAAUGUAAAUUGUAAAUUGUAACUACAAAAAUACACGAAAUUAAGAAAAAAGUGUUUUAGAUACAACUUCAACAAUUUUGUCAUCACUAAAUAAGAAAUAUAUUUGUAACAAAAAA